AAACAAGCAAUAACCAUGACCGAAACGACCGAACAACCGCAAACCACCCGCGGGUCCUGUCUCUGCGGGACAGUCAAAUACCAUGCCACUGGGGAACCAGUUCUCAGAAUGAUCUGCUACUGCCAGAACUGUCAGAAGUUUACGGGGUCGGUGGGAAUGGCUAAUAGCAUGUACCUCAAAGAAAGCAUAACCAUAACCCAAGGCCACGACACACUUCGCACUUACAAGGAUAACGCAACCCAUAACGGCUCCACAGUUGAGCGAUCAUUCUGCGGGAAUUGCGGAUCGAACCUGUUCUGCCAAAACAAGGAAACGGCUGCGGAUUUCUUUAUCGUGGCAUCAGGCACGAUGGAUUUGGAAGCUGAGCAGACUUGGGUGCCGGUGGUGGAGUUCUUCUGCAAGGAUAGGAGGGCUUGGUUGGACACGAAUGUGAUGACGAGGAAGCAUGAGCAACUUCCAAAGACGUUUGACGAAAUCUGAUUGUAAUUGCGAUGAAUAUCCGGAGCGUGAGAUGCUGAUGUUGGUAUUUGUGAGAGCAUUUGUACAGUGAACUGGGCUUGUUUGGGGAGUUGAGGCUGUUUAUGCCAGGAUGUAUUUGAUCGUGGGCAACUAUCUGAUGCUUUGUCCGAGAGAGUCAGGCCUACUAAGGGGCGGUGCUAUCUUUUCUCCUAUUUUCAUGGGACUUGGGGGUGCGUGUUUAAAUCAUAUGGAAGGUAUAGAAAUACCAAUGAAAAAUGAACAUGUUUUUAAAGGCGAAGGACCGCAAGUGUGAGGAAAUAGGGUAGUUUUCAUUUGGGUCAUAAGUCAUAUACCACUUGCUGUCCAUACUUAUAGGACUAUCGCAGCAUCAUGGCUCAGAUUAGGACGAGUAGGACUUCUUGUUCGACAGCAUCAGAUCGGUUGACUCUACCGCAGACUGGCCCCCUCUCUGACCCUUCGAUGUACAGCUUCCUUCUAGAAAUGCCGAUAAACUUUUUGAUCGAAUUCAAUGCUUGCGACGGGAGUUUAGCUUGCACAUAGUACCAAAUAUACAUGAUAACUGUGAAACAA